AUGGUAUUUUAUUAUAUUUGCCACAGGAAGCUCGAUAGGCCUACGUCCCUGCCCUUGGACGUCGCCGAGCACUACGGCAGGAUCUUGUCCGCUGGGAGGGACAGGGAGGCCCCUUCGGGCACGCAGGAGGACCCGGGGUUGUCGACGCAGCCCAAUAAGUCCCCGGUCAUGAACGGGAAGUCGCUGCCCUUCAUUCCUCCGCGGUUCCCCUCGCAGCCCUCGGGCUCAGGACUCAUCAAGCCCUCGGAGUACCUGCGUUCCCUCGGGGACACGGGCGGCAACGGGAAUGGCAUUUACGGCACCAACGGCCACAGCAACACCAUGCCGCACAGCAAUAGCAACAGCAUCAGUCACAGCAGCAGCGCCAGCCUCAGCAGUGGCAGCGUCCGAUCUCAGCACUCCUUCGUCGAAACCAGUGCCGCGCUACAGCAGACGGAAGCCACAAUGUCGUCGUCAUCGUCGUCAUCAUCGCCGGCAUCGUCACCGUCAUCGUCGUCGACGUCGUCGUCUCAUGAUACCAUAGAUAACCACAGUAGCGCCACGGUCUCGCCCCCCGUGUCCAUGCCCCCCGGCCCCCUCCCGGCCAUCCCAGAGGCCACAGAAGAGGAAGCUCCCAGGCCCGUCUCCGUGGCCCCCCCGCCUCCCCCUGCUCCCCCGGCGCCGCCCGCCAACACAAUGCCUCUCAGGAGCAACUCCAACGCCGGCAGCAACAACAACAGCAGUAGCAACGGCAGCAACAGCAAGACCAUGCUCCCGACCAUCAGCGUGACGGACCUCCAGAGCGUGCAGCUGAGGAAGACGGAGACGAAGGUGUCGAGAGCGAACAACGUGCCCCUGAAGACGCCCAUGUCUCCCGAGCCGGCCUUCACCUCUGCCAAGGAUAACGUCAUAGCCGAGCUGAAGAUGGGCGUCGACAUCUCGGGAAUCAAGAAGAUGAAGUCGGAGCGAGCCAGGGAAGAGGAGAGGCACGGAGUCAUGGAGAAGGAGGAGCUCAAGCGGCAGUUCUCUGCUGUUAAUUUCGUUGAUCAGGUCCCCGACGUGGACAACGCCGGCAACCGUAUCCCCGAGUGGAAGAGGCAGAUGCUGGCCCGAAAGGCGGCCGAGCGGGCUAAGAAGGAGGCGGAGGAGCAGCGCGUGCAAGAGGCCGAGGAGAAGCGGCUGCAGGCCAUCCCGCUGUGGAAGAGGCAGCUGCUCAUGAGGCGCGAGGAUGAGAGCAAGCGAGGCAACCUGUAUACCCCAAAGGUCGAGGAUGUGAAGAAGAUUCGAGUGCCCACCUCGCCGCUGGACCUCUCCCGCCUGACCAAGAAGGAGAUGGAGGACACUCAAUCCCAAUACUCUCCACGCAGCAGCAGCGGAGAUUCAGUGGACUCUCCGCGGAGCAAUGGAGAGUCAGCGGACGCGUCCAACACCAUAACUUUAGUCACACCAGCCGUAGUCACCAAGAUAAUUAGUCCUUGUCAUGUAGAAGACGAUGACGAACCGCAGAUUCCUUGGCGGACGAACCUAAGGAAAACCAAUAGUAAAUUGAGCUUGCUAGAUUAGUCUAGAUGUUGCUCGUGUAAACUUAGUGUUCUUUUUUGCAUCUUGAAUUUAAGAAGUAUUGCCAUUACACUCUUUCUAUUAACCAUAAUUUGCAAUGUGUAGGAUCGUAACACAUUCGGAAAUGGUAUUUCAUUAU